ACAGUGGCGACCUCCGUCUCCAGCCCCGAAACGUCACUCCCGCUCUGUCUCCAUCUCUCUAGGAUACACAGCGCCCUGCUCUACAUCCACCCCCAUCUCUCAUCCCCCUGCACUGGCUCACUGACACAGCCUGAUGUGGCUUCUACACUGCCUUGGGUGGGCUGUGGCCCUGUGGAUCCCGACCCAGGGGAGUGUCGCCGAGCCGAGACCCUGCCCAUGUACGGCGAGAUCUCCUCCCCUGGAUUCCCCUCCUACUAUCCCAACGAGACCCGGGCCGAAUGGUACAUUGCCGUUCCCUCUGGUUACUACAUCCGCCUACACUUCCGAUACUUCCAAAUGGAGGCGUCUCAAGGCUGCGUGUACGAUAGAUUGAAGGUGAACGAGGGGACACGGACGCUAGGCGUGUUUUGCGGUGACAUGGAGAAGCCAGCGGGAGCGGGGAACCGUCCUCAGCCCAUCCUCGACUCCACUCGAAACUCCCUCCACCUCGAGUUCUCCUCUGACUUCUCCAACCAGCAGCCCUACACAGGCUUCCAUAUCUACUACGAGGCCGUAGAUGUGGACGAGUGUUCUCAGGACCCCGCGUCACAGCCCGUGUGUGACCAGAUUUGCCACAACACCAUCGGCAGCUACACGUGUGACUGUUGGCGGGGAUACAGCCUCCGGGACGAUGGCAGGAGCUGUAAAGUGGAAUGCCAGGAAUAUUUCAGUGAGAUGUCCGGCCAGUUCACCAGUCCGGGAUAUCCCGCUGCCUACCCUGCCAACCUUCACUGUAACUACAGUAUUCGAGUGGAGGAAGGAUUCUCCAUUUCCCUCGGGUUCCAGGGCCUGUUUGAGAUUGAGAGUCACCCUCAAGUGAAAUGUCCUUACGAUAACAUGACGAUUGAGUACAAGAACACGGUGUUGGGACCACUGUGUGGGUCGGAGAGACCAGCAGCGGUUGACACGCUCAGUAAUGCUGUGGAUAUCUUGUUCCACACGGACACAUCUGGCAUUGAGCGGGGCUGGAAAAUCCACUACACCACCGACAGAAUCCCCUGCCCUGCUCUCCAAACACUUGAACACGGAACAAUUUCUCCCAUCUUGCCCCAGUAUCGAUUCCUUGAUCGAGUCAGAUAUAGCUGUGACGUUGGGUAUAAAAUCAUGAAGCGUGGACGGGAAUUAACAUCCUUCAAUAUGAUUUGUAUGAAAGACGGGACUUGGAAUAAAGACGUCAUCGCCAUUUGUCAGAGUAAGGUUCAGGUCUGCCGCGGUGGGGGAGGGGCGCAAAGUGAUUGUGGAGCACCAAAGGUUUUGGCGAAUGGGAAGUUCCAAGUCUUGGGCGUAAAAGCAGUGAAGGACGGAUAUUUGACUCAAAUCCAGUACUCAUGUGAUCAGAGAUAUCGUAUGAAGACUGAAGGAGAUGGGAUGUACACUUGCUCUGCUGAUCGUGUCUGGAACAAUCCCACCGUCUCCAACACCAUCCCAUAUUGUGCCCCGGUGUGUGGUGUCCCUGACAGGCCGGUCACCUCGUUGUCGGUGGGCCGAGUGCUGGGGGGUUCGGAGGCCCCGGACGGCAGCUUCCCGUGGCAGGUGUUUGUGCGGCCCCCGCAGGGUCGUGGGGCAGGGGUGCUGGUGUCUGACCGCUGGGUGCUGACGGCGGCCCACGUCCUGUGGAACAAAGACAAGAACAAACCCACAGACCAGGACCUGGAGAGCCACGGCAUCUACGUGGGAGACAAUGACCUAGAUGACCUGGUAUUGUCGCCUGGCCUGCCCGUGGAGAGGGUCUACCUGCACCCCAACUACAGCGGCAGCGACCCCAACUACUCGAAUGACAUCGCCCUCAUCAAACUGACCGCCCCCCUGCGCCUGACGGCGGACAUUGCCCCCGUGUGUCUCCCCCCUGCUGGGGGUCCCGGGCACGAGUGGGUCUACCAGGAGGGGCGUCUGGGCUACUUAGCGGGGUGGGGGAUGACGGAAGACCGGAGACUGACCAACAAGCUCCACUACGCCUCCCUGCCCGUCGCCAACACCGAGAAAUGCCGAGGGGCGCUGGCUGCGGCCCAGCCUCGCGUCCAGAAGCCCCUGGAACUGACCGCGGGGUCAUUCUGUGCCGGGACGGGGCUGGGAGGGGGAGCGGACGCCUGCCAGGGGGACAGCGGGGGGGUCUCUCCGUGGAGGGGGGUAGGGGGGGGGGGUGAGCAGGUGGAGGAGGGGGUUUGGUACGUGGCAGGGCUGGUGUCCUGGGGGCUAGACUGUGGGAAAGUUGGACGUUACGGGGUGUACACCGAUGUCGGGGCGUACAUUCCCUGGAUGCAGGAGGUGAUGGAGGGGCAUGUGGGGACAUAGAGCGAGCGGGGAGAAUCCAGGAGAAGUCGAGGGGGAAUUGUGAGGGAAUCGGAGGCAAAUUGACGGAAAUUAUAAGGGGAAAAUCCAGACAAGUGAAGGGAGUCAUGUGUCCCGGAUAGGACAGUGACAUUCUUGCUUGCUGCAGUACAACACAAUAUGUAAACAUAAUAUGGAACAGGAGAUGAAACUUCAGUGUGUCUAUAGACCAUAUAUGUACACAAUAAAUAAACAAAUAAAGUACAAUAGACUAUUA